AGCUGCAUCUCGGUGUCGAGGCUCCUGCACAGCGUUCAUCGCCGCCACGAAGACCGACAGCGACGAUGAAGAGCACCGCACACUUUCUCCUGCCCGUGCUGGCUUGCGCGGCACGCAUAGCAGAAGCGGCAACUGCACACGUCUACACAUACGACCCCCAUGCAUCAGCGGCGAGAGGGCAAAGCGGAAGGGAUCUAUCGCCAGUCGCCGCGAGGCUGGUGCUGGCACAAAGAGCGGGGGUCGAGGAUUAUCACCAGUCAGAUUUGCUGAGGCAGGAGGCGAUCGAGGCCAUUAACGACUAUGGCAAGCAAACACCACUGUUUGCUAAGGAGGAGGACAGGCGAAACAAUGCCUUUAUACUGCUCGAAGGAGUGACAGACAGCAUACCCUUCUUCAAGGAUAACUCCGCACGACAUUCAUUUGGAAUCUCACCUGCACCGAAUUCAGCAGCGACGCGAGGCCUCUUUGUCGAUCUUGUGAAACAAGAAAAUCCAGCAUCAGCAUCUUCCGACUACGAGAUCGUUCAGCAUAUUUCGGACGCAGACCGUCUCAGCUCAAGCGGGAAUGUCUUUUAUCUCGCCAAAUCAGUGGAGGAUAUGCUGGCUAUGUGGGAGAAGUUCGAGCAGACUGGGACUUUCGCGAUCACUGCAAUCACCACUCCGGCAGAUGCCGAAUCGAGCAGGAAUGAAGGCAAGUUCCAGUGGGGAACAUAUGAAAUGCCGAACAAGAAGUCAAUGCUGCAGAAGAGACAGCGAUUAGCACCAGAGGCACCGCUCAGCAUGUCGAACGAUUUCGCAACGAGCGACUCUUCAGAAGACUCGCCAUUACCGAAGUUCCAGGCGAACAACACAACACCUCUACGCGGCAUUCUCCCGGCUUGCUUCACAUCAGAGUCCGCUUGCGAAAGUGCGACACGAAAUUGCACAGGACAUGGCAAAUGCGGUCUCAAAUACCAUGAUGCGGACUCUCUGGGCCCAGGCGGUCAGACUGGUCUUGACUGCUGGUCCUGCCAAUGCACGAAGCCAAAGAGCGAGGCUGGCAAGAAGAGCACAGUAUGGGGCGGGCCAGCAUGCCAGAAGAAGGAUGUCAGUGUCGAGUUCUGGCUCAUCGCGCUCUUCACUGUGGCAAUCAUUGGUCUGGUCAGUUUCGCGGUAGGCACCAUUUGGGAAAUGGGUUCGCAAGAACUGCCCAGCGUUAUCGGUGCGGGCGUUUCUGGACCUACGGCAAGGAAGUAAAGGUGAGUAUUGGGAGGAAGGUCGGAGAGAUGAGCAUGUACCAGAACAAAUCAUCGAAGGGCGUUCGUCGAGGUUCUAGCCGGGUUGCACGCACUCGGGCCUGCGGUAUGUACUUUCCAUGUAAAAUUGUCAUGACAGGUUGAGAAACUCUAGCCCGUCCCGAUGCUGAGCAAUACAUGAUGCUCGACGUUUGCAGCCA